GAAUUAAAGGCUGUCGAUGCUAACAAUACACACCAGUCAUCAAGAUUUAAAUAAAUUUUGUCCCCUCAAUUCCAAAUUUACAAUUUUACCCCUCCACUCCCACCCCUCAAGUAAAGCAUCUUCUUCAUUCCCAAAACUUCAAACUCAUUUUAUCCAAAUUAUCCAGCCAAAUCCAAGAAAACACACCCAAAUGGAAUCCUCACAGCCAUUUCCAACCGAAAACGACCUAUCAGAUGCUCGAAAAACAGUAAGAAAUCUCGCAAUCAAGAUUGAAAAAUCAAACUCAAGAACUCAAAAACAACAUAAACAAGAAGAAAAAGAGGAAGAUUCUGAGUACACAAAAGUGAUGAAAGAAAUCGAACACAUCAAACAAGAAUUGGCAAAACUGAAGCUCGAUAUGAAACGUGUUUUGAAGGAGAAGAAAUACGCAGAAAACGUAUUCAAAGCCUCGAGUUCUAAAAGUUAUACACUUUCAAGUGCAGUAGAAAGAAUCAAGAAAGAAAUCGAUGAACUCGAUGAAGAACAAGUUCUUGUUGAAAUAGCAAGAAUCGAAGCUAUUAAAGAACGUGAAGCCAUUGAUGCUCAAACGAAAGAAGAAGACACUCGUUAUCAAACCAAGUUGAAAGAAAUCAAAAGGAAAACCGAAGAAAUUGUCCAAAUGAACAACACUCCAGAUUUGUUACAAAUGAUGAAUGUAGAAUUAGAAUAUGCAAAAGCUGAACUUGAAGAAAUUAAAAGGGAAGGUUUUGGUUUCAUGACCUCCAUGGAUGUUAUUAGAAACGAGCUCAAAAUCAUUCGAGAAGAAUUGAGUCGAUUAGAGAAAGAAGAAGAGAAGCGUGACUUGACUAUUGAAACCCUAAAUUCAAAGAUUUUGAAGGGGAAAGCGAAAUUGGAAUUGGUAAACGCUACAACCGAAAAAGCAAACUCGAUCGCGUCGAAUUUAGCGAUCACGGUUGAUCACUUACGAGCCGAAUCCGAGACCGUAAAGAAAGAAAAAGAGAUUAUAAUUGAAGAAAUCGAAAAAAUCAAAUUGGAAAUCCCGAAAACGGAAUCCGGAAUCGAAUUAUCCGGGAAACAACUGGAAUCGGUGAUGGAGGAGUUGAAAAACGAGAAGUUAUCGGAAUUCAAAGCUCUUGAAGAUUUAAAAAAUUUAAUCGAUUCCACCGUUCAGGCACGGGACCCGUCAAGUUUAAAUAGUCCAACAAUAACAAUAACGAGUUUUGAAUACGAGUAUUUGACCGGAAAAGCGGGCGGUGCCAAGGCGGUUUCCGAUAAGAAAGUGGCGGCUGCUCGAGCUUGGGUGGAGGCGUUGAAGACGAAUGAGAAGGAGAUAUUGAUGAAAGUUGAGAUGGUUAAAAGAGAAAUUAGUGAAAUUGAAGCAAGGGAAGAAGAUUUAUCGAUUAAGAGGAGAUCUUCGAUUGAUGGUGGGGUAAAAGUUUUGGCAUCACCUCGAAGAUCGAUGUAUAAAAUUGGGAAUAUGACACCCGGGAGACGAAGAUCAUUGAAGUUAUUAUCGCCUGCAACUCGACACGCGAUUAGAUCGACGAGUUUUAGUAAGAAACGGGAGAAGGCAACGAGUAAUUUAGCAAAGCUUUUGGAUGAUGAGGAUGAUGAAACGGGUGAGUGAAUUUUUGGAAUGUAAAACGAUGUUUGUUUUAUGUUUGAAUAAAGAGUUAGGAAGUUAGUUUA